AAUUUAUGUGGUUUUGAAUUUUGAAAGGGUAACAUUGACUUAUAAAAUAUAAGAAGUGAACGUAUUGUAGAUUAUUUUAGUAUACAUUUGUCAGUAUUUUUUUUAUGACUUUAGUCAGUUAAACAGCAGUAUGAAUUUAUGCUAUGUUUACUGGGGCUUAGUCUCAAAUUUGGGAUUUUUGGCGUUUGAAAAUUGAAACUAUUUAUUUCACCUUUUAGAAAAAUCUUUGUUGUAACAUGAAAAUAUUAAAAAUUUUGAAGAAAUACAACUUUACUUAUCAAAUCUACAUUGACAGCCCAGGUAUAUAACUUUCGCCUUACAAUUUUUGGUUUUCCCUAUAAACAUUUAAAUUUAUUGAUAUGUGGCGCCUUUUAAGUUUUGCUACAACCAGUAUUACACACAGUGUUGUGAUCUGUGGUAGAGUCAAAACACCCGCAAAAAUUAAAUCACGUUUAUACUCCGGCGCUCCCAAUAUUUAAAUCAUAAUAUGUUGUAACUAUAUGAACAUGGACGUGGUCCUCCCAUAGGUACCCCCAAAUAUUAUCAUCAUCAUUAUCUUUAGUCCACGGACGUCCACUGCGAGACAUUGACCUCUUCCAAGGUUUGCCAGAAUUAUAGAAGUCGAAGUGGUAGUGGGGCAGUACAAUGAAUACACAUAUAGUUUUUUAAAAUACGAGUUUAAUAUUGUGAUUUAGAUAGAAUACGCUUGGAAAAUAGCUUGCCAAUUUCCCCCAAUUUGUGAUUCUGGGCUACAACAGUGUCACAGUACACCUAGUAAAUUAAUAGCUAUUACAUUAUUUAAUCGUCCAUUUUUUAUUAGGUGUAUUUUAUUAUCUAUGGUUUAAGUGACAGUUGACAGUGCAGAAAUAUUUAAAACCCGUUAAUGUCUAUAGUCUAUAAAUUGUUGUAAACCUCGGCGAGGUAAUAAUAAAAUUCAAUACCGUCUACAUACAAAAAACAAUUUAACACAGCAUUUAAUUAAACAACAAUAUUUUGAUAGUACAUUAAAGAAGUUUAAAAUUAUAAAUCUACUUACUUACUGACUAAUGUAUUUAGUGCAAAUAGUGCUUUUAUUUUCAUCGAAAAACUAAUGCCAUAUAUCAUGUUAUUCAUUACGAAAAAAAUGUAUUGGUGUGCAGGAAUAAUAACGUUAUUAAGUGCCUCUGUGGUUGCAAGUGUUGAAACAAAUACUCCAAACAAAAACAGUGAAAGUAAAAAUUAUUCAAUUCUUGUGGACAAGAGCAAUAACUAUUACGAGAUUUUAUCAAGGCCAAAAAGGCUUAGUGAGCGGAACCUUUCUAGUACUAGUGAAAUAAGUAUGAAUGUUAAUCAAACAGUCGAUUCAACAACUCCAAGUUCAACCGAAAAAUCGAAUAUAGUUUACGAAAUAGGACCAUCAAAUUCUUCAAUACUGGCAGUAGUUCAAGUUAAUGCUUCGGCUGCGACACCCAAUGCCUCUGUUAAUCCAUCAGACGCUGCUCCUCUUCCAGAAAAAAGCUCAGCUGAAGAUGAACAUAAUAGCUCAAUGGCAAUAUUUUUCGUACUCUGUAUUUUGGCCUUAGGUAUACUGUUAAUACAUUUAAUGUUACAAACAGGAUUUUCUUAUCUCCCUGAAAGUGUGGUUAUAGUAUUUCUUGGUGCUCUCAUUGGAAUGAUAAUAAAUCUUAUGUCGAUAAAAAAUAUUGCCAAUUGGAGAAAGGAAGAAGCAUUUUCACCAACAGCUUUCUUUUUAGUGUUGCUACCACCCAUCAUAUUUGAAUCGGGUUAUAAUCUCCACAAAGGCAACUUUUUUCAAAAUAUUGGUUCAAUAUUGUUAUUUGCUAUCGUAGGAACUGCAAUAUCAGCAUUUGUAAUUGGAGCUGGUAUCUACUUAUUGGGUUUGGCUCAGGUUGUAUAUAAACUUAGCUUUGUUGAGUCAUUUGCUUUUGGAUCCCUGAUAUCUGCUGUGGAUCCAGUCGCCACUGUGGCUAUAUUUCACGCUCUAGAUGUUGACCCAGUUCUCAACAUGUUGGUAUUUGGGGAGAGUAUAUUAAAUGAUGCUGUGGCUAUUGUGUUGACAACAGCCGUUCUGGAUUCCAAUGACCCUUUCAUGUCUACAGGAGAGGCAAUUCUCUCUGCAAUUAAUCGAUUUUGGUUAAUGUUCUUUGCAUCAGCUGGCAUUGGUGUACUUUUUGCACUUGUGAGUGCCUUACUCUUGAAACAUGUUGAUCUCAGAAAGAAUCCAUCUCUUGAGUUUGGAAUGAUGUUGGUAUUCACAUAUGCUCCUUAUGUGUUAGCUGAAGGCAUUCACUUGUCAGGGAUUAUGGCUAUACUGUUUUGUGGUAUUGUGAUGUCUCAUUACACUCAUUUUAAUUUAUCCACAAUUACUCAAGUUACAAUGCAACAAACAAUGAGAACUCUUGCAUUCAUCGCGGAAACAUGUGUUUUUGCAUAUUUAGGACUUGCUCUAUUCAGUUUCAGACAUCGCGUCGAACCUGCACUGGUAGUCUGGAGUAUAGUAAUGUGUCUCCUUGGCAGAGCAGCUAAUAUAUUCCCUUUGGCACUGCUUUGCAACAAAUUUCGAGAACACAAGAUUACCAAGAAAAUGAUGUUUAUUAUGUGGUUCAGCGGUCUAAGGGGUGCGAUAUCUUACGCUUUAUCUCUGCAUCUUGGAUUUUCGGAUGAAACCAGACAUGUGAUUAUAACAACGACACUCAUAAUCGUGUUGUUUACUACUUUGUUCUUCGGAGGGUCCACUAUGCCACUAUUGAAAUUUUUACGGGCAAACAAGAAAACAAAACGUGCACGACCUUUGCGCAAACAAAAGGAAGUAAGUUUGUCUAAAACAAAAGAGUGGGGGCAAGCAAUCGAUUCUGAACAUUUAUCUGAAAUCACUGAAGAGGAACUUGAGGUGAAUUAUUCACACGCAACUCGUUUACGGGGCUUCGUACGAUUUGAUAUGAAAUAUCUGACCCCGUUUUUUACGCGACGGUUUACUCAUCAGGAGCUAAAAGAUUGCAAAAGCCAAAUGACAGACCUGACAAAUCAAUGGUAUCAAGCGAUUAGGAUAUCCAAUGAUAGAGAAACGGAUGAAGAAGAAAUUUUACAGCAGAAUUCCCUUCCGAGCUCACGCAAUAGUCUGCAAAGAGGUGUUUAGUAAAAUGUUUAAUAUAAUUCCAAAAUAUUUUCUAUGCUUAUAUGUAUAAUCUUUGAUCUUACAAUUAAUGUAUGCACACGUGCAGCUCUAAUAAGUAGCUUCAUCUAAGCUGAUCUUAAACCUUAGCCUUAACAGUUCACCGUGCUGUGCGCGAGAACAAAAGACCAUGGAGUGUCGUAUUUACAAUUCUUAUCUCUUUAUUUCAAUUUUAUUUUUAUUGUGUUGUGUAUUUUAUUUUCAAACAAUUUAUGCAUUUUCUCUUAUAUAAUAAUUACUUGUGCGUCCUAAUUUCAUAUUUAAAAAAUCAUAAAAACUGUAUGGCACUUUCGUUCUCCAUCCGUAUGAAUGUGAAGACAGCGUGAGAACGCUACCUUGAACCCUCACAACACAGCCCACUGAGUUUCUCGCCGAAUCUUCCCAGUGAGUCGCGUCUUCUGAUCCGGUGGUAGAUUCUGCGAAGCACAGUUCUUGCUAGGGUUCGUGUUAGCAGCACUCCGGUUUGAGCCCCGUGAGCUCACCUACUAGUUAAGGUUACGCUCAAAUAGCCUCUCAAGACUCUCAGCUUAGGUAGGAAAAAAGCUACCUUGCAAUACGACGACCUCCUCUUCGUGGUUGCGGUUAAUUACGCCGUUGACCCGACUCAUGCUGCUGUCCUUUAGCAGCUAGGCCUCCUUCGCCGAUCGGACAGCUCCUAGCAAAUUCCCGGGCUCUUAAGUUUGCCCACCCAUCCUCGUGAAGCUGGAAAGCCCCCCACCAUCAGUAAUAACUCAAUCUCAUGAAUUCGUGCUCUCAUGAAACGACAUGCUGGAUUAUUAGACUCGUAACAAAAAGAUUUAUUGAUAUCGUAAGAUGUAUAUAAAACGCUCAUUAACAGUCCGAUAAAGAAAAAACGACUAUAUAGUUAUUGUAGGCGAUGGUGAGUAAGGUCCGAUUUAGACUCAUCUGAUAGAAGGAAGAAAAAAACACCUUAAUGGAAGGGGAAGGGUGGGAGAAGUAGCAUUGGAGCCGUGUGAGCACUCUAUUGAGCAAAUUAAGUGAUCAUCACGUGCUAUCAAAUAUCGGGGUAAAAUUUAUUGGUCGUUCAGACGCGGCACAAUAAAUAUGGCUAAAUCAAGUGUUUACCUACCAUUAUGGCGGCGGCACGCGCUACUUUUAUUUUGUUAUAAGUUGUAAGUCAAUAAACAGGUUAUUUUUUAUUAAUUUAUUGCGUAAACGCAUGAAGGAUCCGACCUUAUAUAAAUGUGUAUUGUGACUAUAGUGUAUAUAAAAAAUCUUACGGGCAUCUUAUUUUAAGUUUAAGAAACCAUUCCCGCAUGUUGCCUAAUUUGCGCUUCGUGAUCUGUAUAGGUUCCCGUAAGCCCAUAACACCAGAAGGGGCGCGAAAUCGUGUUCCCAAUCAAAACAAUAAAGCUAAUAGAUAACAGCUAAUAGAAUUAAAGGGUAUUUCAAAACAUCCUUAUUUUGUUUUAUCAAAUGUUCGUAAGAUCCCGUAAGAAGGUAUAAAAAUGCUGGUAGUAUCAACAAAAUAAUAUGUAAUGCUUGGACAUGCCAAAUAAUGUGCCCAAGUGAUCGCUAAUAGGUCGGUCUGACAACGUACUUAUUAAAUAUAUUGAUAAGACAAGCCUAAACGAAGGUCGCGUCGCGUCUGCGGAUAAAAGCUAAUAUGUUAUUGGCUAGAUAUUAAUUCGCAUCUAUUAAUUUGUUCCUAGCAUAAUGAAUAACUUUAUUAGAACACCUAUGUACCGUUUUUUAUAAAUGGUGCGUUUCGUGGUAAUAUUUAAAUUGCGCCUAGUAUUCUGUUUCACGAGAAUAGUUAAUAGAAUAGGUCAUAAAUGUUGAAUAUUGAGGUCGAUUUAUAGACAGUGAUAUGUUAAGGUUUGUUGGCCUCUUAGGUUUAAUGGUUGUAUAGUGACUGACUUUUGUAGCAGGCACUCGGAGCGAGUUCAAAUUCCUGUCAGUCAGUAUUCUUAUUAUAGAUUGUUGCAAUUUUUUUUGUAUUUCUCAUACGUAUGUGUGUUUCCGGGACCCGAUGGGGUUUGUCACGUAUAUAAUUCUUCUUCAUCCUAGUCGUAAACUCUUGGCAAAGUGGUUGUCAUGUAUCACCGAUGCGCUCGCGAUGCGACGCCAUGUUUAUAAUAGACGACGUGACCAUGACGUUUAUAAUAGUUCCGCUUUAAUUAUGUACAGAUAGGCAAAAAGAGAACAGUUAAGUUUCUUUUUCUUCUCUCUUUGCCCGAUUUUUUUCCCAUUACUGGUUAUUGUCUGAUAACCACGAGCUUUGGUGUUAUCAAAACUUGUUUUUGUUUUUGGAAAUGCCUAGUAAAUUUGCUUUCAGAAUGUGCAUAGCAAAAUAAAUGAGAAAAAGUAAAAUAAAUCUAAGUAAAUCAUGAGGUGUCAGUGAUUAUUCUCGAAUUUUGAUCAUUAUAUGAACAUUAGUUUUAAUAAAAAACGUAAAUAUCAGAUAUUUUACCAUUUCUAAAACCAGUGAUAAAUGAACUUCAUCAUGUUCUUUGAGAUGAUUGUGUGAUUUUAUCAUAAACGUGAUUCAAUUCGGUGUAUAAACACCAAUAUUUUAAGUGUUACGGCUUUGUAUUUUAAAACUUUUAUUUAAUAAUUUAUUUUUAUAGUCUUUAAUUGGAUACUAGGUGCUAUGUUAUACGUUUGUAUUUUAUUCGUCUACUGUGAAAUUUAUUUGCAUCAGAAUUUUAGUAUUAACGAAUUUGUUAUGUUCUUUAAUUAAAUAUUAUGAAAGGUAUUGACGUUACAUUUUCGUAAUUACAUACUGCUUAAUAAAUGGUCAUUGUAAUAGGAGCUAGUGGUCAAGGGUCCGAAACUUCUAAAGGCGGGAAAAUUUGGUGUAGAAGCAAUAAAGAUAUAAACAGUAAAUUUACGUUUAAGGUGUACUAAACGUUGGGUUAUUACUUAUUACUAGCGCCUAAAAAAAAUUUGGUUUUUAUAGUAUUGAUGUUGAUCGCAUUUAGCAUUUUGUUAAUGAAGAUAAAUUAUGUUCAAUUUAUGUAGGAUGUAGGUAAUGAGGUGGUAUUUUUCAGUGCUUAGGCUAAGUUAGGCCCUGAAUAUUAUUAUUUGCGAUUAUUCUUCAUGAUAAAAAAAAAGUUUUGUUGUCAGUGCCUAACCUAAAGCACAGUUACGCAUCUAUUAUAAUAAUAAUAUAUCGUUGAUUAAACUAUUUUGACAUCGACUUUUUGUAGAAAAUGUUAGGGCUCGUCUGGUACGUUCGAAGAGUCGAAUUUGUUUGGUACAAAUUGUAAAACGCAUCAGCAUAAUAUAGUAUACCGUUAAAUUCUCGCCUCAUAUUUAUAAAACCCGGGUUUAAAAUAAAACAGCCCUGUCUUUAGGAUAUGUUCCUUUUUUCAGCAAUAUUAUUUUUAGGUUUAUUGAUAGUAAUAGCCAGGCGAAUGUGUUGCCGAGACAUUGUACUUAAUGGAAAACACACCAAAGAAUUCGAAGCACCAAAAAUUGCCUGAGAUUUUUUCAGAUAUGCCAUUUUGUUUUGUCGAUAUUGGAAAUGAUGAAGCUUUGUAUUUUGCGGUGGUGUAUAUUUGCACAUAAAAUAGUGGUGCACAUAAAAUGUGUUUUUCUUCUGUAUUAUAUUGUAUUAGUAUUAUGAUUAGUAGCUUUAUUUGUUUGAUAAAUUAGUAUGAUUGUAUUAAUCAAAUUAAUUUUGUGAUAAUAAAUUUUAAGGUUUAUGUUUAUGCUAGUAAUCCUGGUCACGCUUUGCCGUGACUAUAAGUAAUUGUGUGAAAAAGAUAUAUUUCUUGAAACUAUUCAUGCGCUAUUUAUGUUUAUGGUACUAUGACAGAAACCUCUCCUGGAGCUCCAACCACAUAUUAUUAUGCAUCAUCAAAAUAAAUCACAAGUAACACAUACUAAUCUCACACAAAAUUUUAAUACAAUUAUAAUUUAUCGAUUACAUGCAGUGGUGAGAUGAGCGGUUCGAUUUUAGAUUCUAUGAAAAUAUGACAUUAAUACAAAUGAGUUCAGUUAAUAAGGUUAAGGUUUAUUAUUAUUUAAUUAUCAUAAAAUUAUUACUACCUAAUCAACGGUUUAGUAACGUAUAGGGAACACAACUAGAAUCUUUAUACAUCGCACUUAUGGCAAAAUUCUUGUUUUUUGGUAAAUAUAAUUGAAAUUGAAGAAGCCAAAAAUGUAAUUGAAGAGUUGUAAUUUUUCAGUUUUUAAUACUUAAAGCCUUAAAGCGUAUACCUUAAAUAUUAUGGUAUGCCCUUGAUUUUAAAGAGAGGGAAAGUGUACUUUGUCCUUUUCUAACUAAAAAGGUGGUGUGUUAUUUCAAAAAGACUACUUAUAACUGUACUACUGUAACUAUACUUGAGACCUUAGAACUUAUAUCUCAAGGUAGGUGGCGCAUUUACGUCGUAGAUGUCUAUGGGCUCCAGUAACCACUUAACACCAGGUGGGCUGUGAGUUCGUCCACCCACCUAGGAAUAAAAAAAAAUAACAGUUCUAUAUCAUAUAAGGUAUUGUUGUGUAAAACACCUCAGAAAAGCUUAAUAGUGACAGCAUAGCAUGACUGGGAUUCACUAAUGUACGUCUACUGUCUAUUGUAAUAAUGAAACUUUUAAUUAGUAUAAUAUAUUUCAAUAAAAAUACAAGACCUGAAUAAGUUGACAAGUCACGAAUGCAACUUUCAUGUUUAAUUAUUUAUUGAAAGUUAAAAAAGAUAGAUAUCAAUUUUGGAGUAACUCCCAAAACAUUUUCACACCUUCAACAUAACUACAUAAGCACAAGGUUAGCUAUGUACCACUAUUCAAGUAAUAACAUUUUUUAUUAUGUACUUUGUUUCCCUUUUAUGAAAAUGCAUCAUAGAAUGAUGUCUGUUAUAUUUUUAUUUAUUUAUUAAAACAUAUUUAGUUAUCGUGAUAAUAAAUAAUUGAUGUGUAUAUUAUAGUAAUGGAAAAUAACUUAAGUGAAAAAUCAGUAUACAUAUUCCACAAAUCUAGAUAACAACAAUAAUAUAUUUUGUUCUAUAUUUAAGGACCAUUUCUUUGAACUUAAUAAGUCUUUACUGUAAUUUUAAACUGCAUUGAAGUAGGUCAGCCAAUUUUCGAAUUAAGAAACAUAAAUUCUUAUUGUGUAAAAACAACAAAGUUUAGAAUAACAAUAAUUAUUUGAUGUGAAGCCUAUGUAACUUAAAAGCUUAAAAUAUGAGUACAAUUUUUGUGAACAAAA